UCAUCCUCUUGGUAGCAUCCAGUUCUGCCCCCUGUUUCUCCGCUCUCCCCCCGCUGCUCAUCCAACCCCCACCCCUCCCUCGGGGGUAGGUUCCGCGCGGCAGACGGCGGCUCGGGCACUGAGCAUGUCCGAACGCGCUCGGCAGCAGCGGCCGCCGCGCCGAGGUUCGCGGGGCGGGAAGGAGUGCGCGCGCCGGGGGGCCGCGUGAGGGCUGGCGCGUGCAGCAGCAGCAGCAGCAGCAACAGCAGCAACCGCCGCCGCCGCCUUGCAAGUCAACAGAAACAGCCUGUGCAGAGAAGUGAAUUCAUAAAUUUGAAUCACGCUUCCCCCCCAUCAUGUUUGGCACCAGGAGGCAGUGAGAAUGCCUUGUCCCACUUGAGCCACAAGCGGAUUCUGGAUUCUCCUGCUUGGAGUUAAUGGAUGUAACCAGGCAGCAACCAAUCUAUAUGUCUUCUGUAAAUGAUCGUCCAAGGGUUUACCUGUAGCAGUGCUGUCAUGCUCCCAGGAAUAAUCACAAGAUUAAAGAAAAAGUCACAGUCGGUGGAUAUUAGUGGGCCAGGAUGCAACCCAGUGGCAGCUGAAGCUCAGACUCCUCAGCCCAGUAAAUCUUUGCUUGCCACUAAGGCAACAACUUCUGAGGAGGAACAGAACAACACCGCAAAUACCCAAAGACGCAACCCACGGAGGAGUGAGUUGAAGAGAUAUUACACCAUCGACACUGGCCAGAAGAAGACCCCAGACAAGAAAGAUGGGCGACGAAUGUCUUUUCAAAAGCCUAAAGGGACUAUUGAAUAUUCUGUGGAAUCAAGAGAUACUUUAAACAGUAUUGCCUUGAAAUUUGAUACAACACCCAAUGAACUGGUUCAGUUAAAUAAGCUUUUCGCCAGAGCAGUCGUUCCUGGACAGAUUUUGUAUGUUCCUGACCCAGACUACAUUUCUAGUGUGGACAGCUCCCCCUCUCUAAGUCCUAUAAGUCCCCUAUCACCUACAUCUUCAGAAGCAGAGUUUGACAAGGCUACAAUAAAUGAUCCAGAUGGAGUGCAACGGAAGGAGUCAGCUGCUUCACCAGCACAUGCAUGUGUUCGUCCUACAAGAGUGGUAUCAUCCACCUCCGAAGAGGAAGAAGCAUUUACGGAGAAGUUUCUAAAAAUUAACUGCAAGUACAUCACCAAUGGCAAGGGUACAGUCAAUGGUGUGCUGCUAGUGACGCCAAAUAAUAUAAUGUUUGAUCCUCAUAAAAUGGAUCCUCUGGUCCAAGAGAACGGCUGUGAAGAGUAUGGCAUCAUGUGUCCCAUGGAAGAAGUGAUGUCAGCUGCUUUGUAUAAGGAAAUUGUGGACAGCAAAAUUAAGGAUUCAUUAAGCAUAGACAUAGAACAGCUGUCUGUAAGGGAACUUGGCCAUUCCAAGAAAGCUGCAAAGAGCAAUACAGAUGAAAUGGAUUCAAGGAUUCGGGAUACAGGCAAUGACAGUGCUAGCACUGCCCCAAGGAGUACGGAGGAGUCUCUUUCAGAAGACGUGUUCACAGAAUCAGAACUCUCUCCAAUACGUGAGGAACUUGUUUCCUCAGAUGAGCUUCGACAAGGCAAAUCUUCUGGAGCAUCAUCAGAAUCUGUCCAAACAAUAAACCAAACAAGUGCGGAAUGUUUAACAAUAAUUUCGGACUCGAAAGAAGCUGACAGUGACUUAAAACUCAGUGCUGAAAUGGUUGUAAAUGUUAAACAGUUUAGUACCCACAGUUUAGGUUCAAAAAGCACAGAGAUGGCUGUAAAGAGGGGACAAGAAUCUAGUGAAAAUACUGGGAAUGUUCUCCAGAAGUUGAGGCAAGACCCACAUGGUAGCAAAGAACAGAACAAAGAGGCAAAAAUGGACCAAGAUCAAGAUUCCAUACAAGCAAAAGAGCCAGAAAUACAGAGUAAGACAGAAGAAAGUCCACAUUGUGAAGAUACCACAGACUCUCCAAAGAAAGAGACUACUAGCAAAGGAAAAAUAGUGAAAGAGCGAACUCAAGACUCUGAAACGGAAGUUGAGGAACUUCGCAAACUCUGGAAGACCCAUACUAUGCAACAAACCAAACAACAAAGAGAAAACAUGCAGCAGGAUUCACAAAAAGAAAUCAGUCAGAAACCUGUGACUGCAGGAGAUGGGCAAUCAGAAGGUUCUUCCCAUAUGAAAGAAAAACGAAGACAUCGAUCUCACAAGUUUUUACUUCUCAAGGUUGGAAAACCUAUGAGAAAAACAUUUGUUUCACAAGCAAGUGCAUCAAUGCAACAGUAUGCUCAGAGAGAUAAAAAACACGAGUACUGGUUUGCUGUUCCACAAGAAAGGACAGAUCACUUGUAUGUCUUCUUUAUCCAGUGGAGUCCAGAGCUAUAUGCAGAGGAUACUGGGGAGUCUCUUCGAGAGCCUGGAUUUAUAGUGGUAAAAAAGAAGGAAGAGCCUGAAACUAGUGAAGAAUCUACUACUGAAGAUGCUGCUAAAGAGUGGGAGGUAGUGUCAGUGGCUGAGUAUCACCGCAGGAUCGAUGCUCUAAAUAGCGAAGAACUGCGCACACUCUGCAGACGUCUCCAGAUAACAACAAGAGAAGAUACCAUUUCAAAACAGGCAACAAACAUAAAAACAGACCUGGAGCCUGAAGCAUUCCGGCCAAAUCUUAGUGAUCCCAGUGAAUUACUCCAGCCAGAACAAAUAGAAAAGCUCACAAAGUCUCUUCCACCGCGGACUAUUGGAUAUCCAUGGACUCUUGCCUACAGUACUGCCAAGCAUGGCAUGAGUUUGAAGACUCUGUAUCGAACUAUGCUGGGAUUAGACACACCUGUGUUGUUGGUUAUCAAAGACAGUGAUGGACAGAUUUUUGGUGCACUAGCAUCUGAACCAUUUAAAGUGAGUGACGGAUUUUAUGGCACUGGGGAGACCUUUUUGUUCACUUUUUCUCCAGAUUUUGAGGUUUUCAAAUGGACAGGAGACAACAUGUUCUUCAUUAAAGGUGACAUGGACUCCCUUGCUUUUGGUGGAGGAGGUGGGGAGUUUGCUCUUUGGCUCGAUGGGGAUCUCUACCAUGGAAGAAGUCAUUCGUGUAAAACAUUUGGGAAUCAUACACUUUCUAAGAGAGAAGACUUCAUUAUUCAAGACAUAGAAAUUUGGGCUUUUGAAUGAGUAUUUAAAUAUUUCUACAGGGUAUUGUCCCAAACCUGAAAUUAAUCAGUGCAGCUCAAAGUCCUUAUGAGCAAUAUAAUGCACCUGUUUACCUUUUGUUUUUGUAAGUUUUCAGCAUGACCAUCAAGUUGUUAUUUUGCAGUAGCAGACUUCUUUUUUUAUGCUUUCAUGUGUGUAAUAUACUGUCCUACUUUUUCUAAGAUGUAGACACUUUUACAAAAUACUGACUGUGGACUAAAAAAAGAAAUCAGUUACUUCAAACCUUGCAGCCUACAAACUUUAUCAUCCUUUUUACAGUUGCCUCCCACGUUUCCCACACACAUCUUUCUGUAAUCCUGCUAGGGGGCUGCUUCAUUGAGUAUAGUUUAUUAUUUUUGUAUUCAAAUUAUAUCUGUGAAUGAAGUUGCCCUCUGUGAACCUACAUAACAGGAAAGCUGCGUGUGGGUAUUUAGCAGUAGUAUUACAGUGAUUUGUCUGGACCAAUGAUGGGUAAAUUUGUUUGGUGCCACAAACAGACAAGAUGCCUAGCAUUCCUUCUUAACACAUACCAGGACGCAUAUGAUCAAGUUAAGAUAUUCAGAGUCAACAGUGCCACUUGUUUUUUUUGUUCAUGUUUAGAAAAAAGUCAGUUAAACAAUGUGUUCUAGCUGCAUGCUGAUUGUAUUAAAGAGUGAUUUGCACAUGCUGUUAAUGAUCUGCAGGUUUGGGACAAUUACUGACAAUAUUGAGCUACAUGGCAAAGAUCUUUAAAAUAGCAGGGUAAUGUAAGAAUGUGAUAGUUCCACAAAAUUAAAAGGCUAAAGCAAGUAAAACUCAGACAACUUGUAGCUAUAGUAGGGCAUUAAAAGUACAAAGAUUAUGAAACAUGCAUCUUUCUUCAACAUAGUCAGAUAUAUACUGUUAUACUGUUGUAGCCGUGUAGCACAUCAACUCCAAGAAUAUAGCUUAUUCCUGUCCAAAGAAAAAAUAGUUGUGAUGUUUUUUGAGUGGGUCUAUGUUGUAAAUUUACAGUUAGCACCAGCUCUGAUUAAGAUGAGACAAUGUACUAUAGAUAGACAAUAUUGUAAUUCAGUAGACUUGUGGAAUAUGCAAACUUACUGUCAUGUGACCUCAAAAAAAUGACAGGCUAGUAUACAGUUCCAGUAGCUCUUGUCCACUUUUGUAGGAAAAUUGAUAAGCCAUUGUGGCAAUAACAGCUCAACAAAACUGUUUGUUUCAAAGCUUUUAUUCUAUGUUCUGCAAAAAAGCAACAAAAAAAAAAAAAUUGCUGUUAAGUGUGACAGUGACUGACUUUGUGCUGAAAUUUCAGCUAUUUCAGAUAAACAUUGUAUAUUAUCUUGUAAAUUAAUGUUUAAAGUAGUUUUGUUAUAGAAAAGUGUUGAUUGACGGGUUGCUUAUAGCACUUUAACUUAUUCUAGAAAUGAAAUAAAAGCCAAAUGGGUUGGCUUAAGUAGAUGUAGUUGUAUAUUUCAAAAUAAUUAGAUCUUUGGGAAGUUUUAAAAACUUAUUUGAAGACAGCUUACUGCUAUGGUAAUGAGAAAGGGCAGAUGGUUCAUCUUAUAAUAUGCUAAUGCUCAAUAUGAAUAGAAAUACAGGGCUCUGUUUCCUGUCUAUGUAUAGCUCUCUAUCCUUAUUAGAACUUAGUACAAUGUGUAGACUAAAUGUUUACAAAAUAAGGAACUGUAAAUAAAUUAAAAUGGCUUUUCUUCCCUUUGGUCUUCCACAGCAGUAUUAUUGUCUUUGUGGAGUUAAGACUAAUUAUUGCAAAAAAUAAAUAAAUCCUGUAAUGGAUUUUAAGUACUCUAAGGUCACAGUGAUGUAUAGCAAAUAAAUCUAAAUAUAUGUAAAAAAUAAACUUGAGUUGGAGUUUAUUUAGAAGUUGGAGUUUACUUAGAGGCACAAAUGUAGGUUAUUGCUUUUAGUUCAAAAACUUAAGUGAAUACAUAGUACUCAUUUACUCCUCCUUAAACUUCUUACUCUUUUGAUGUGUGAUAGGUAUUUAGAAAAUGCCUGGAGAGUUUCUGUAAGAGUGUGGAAGAAGAGGGAACAAAAAUAAAAGUGUAAGGGUCUUGGGUUUUGUUUAAUUGAAAUUACGUACCUGCUUUGAUUUCCUUUCUCCUUCUAAUAACAUUGAAUGAUAAAUGGCUAGUAACAGCAUACUGAAGUGUCAUGCAGCUUUUAGAAUUUCUUUGGUCCUGCUUUGUCAAAGAUGUAUAUAAUUGGCAACAUACAUAUUUCUUUAAGAGUACUAAAAACAAUCAAAAUAAGAAA